CCGGCUCCUCCCCUUCAGUCUUGCACAGGUGUACCAAGUCCUCCCAUUCAGUCUUGCACAGGUGUACCGACUCCUCCCCUUCAGUCUGGCACAGGUGUACUGGCUCCUCCCCUUCAGUCUUGCACAGGUGUACCGGCUCCUCCCCUUCAGUCUUGCACAGGUUUACCAGCUCCUCCCCUUCAGUCUUGCACAGGUGUACCAGCUCCUCCCCUUCAGUCUUGCACAGGUGUACCGGCUCCUCCCCUUCAGUCUUGCACAGGUAUACCAGCUCCUCCCCUUCAGUCUUGCACAGGUGUACCGGCUCCAACCCUCCAGUCUUGCACAGGUGUAUCGGCUCCUCCCCUUCAGUCUUGCACAGGUGUACCGGCUCCUCCCCUCCAGUCUUGCACAGGUGUACCAGCUCCUCCCCUUCAGUCUUGCACAGGUGUACCGGCUCCUCCCCUUCAGUCUUGCACAGGUGUACCGGCUCCUCCCCUUCAGUCUUGCACAGGUGUACCGACUCCUCCCCUUCAGUCUUGCACAGGUGUAUCGGCUCCUCCCCUUCAGUCUUGCACAGGUGUACCGACUCCUCCCCUUCAGUCUUGCACAGGUGUACCGACUCCUCCCCUUCAGUCU